UUUGGUGGGUUGUUAUCGCGAGGAACUCUGAAGCUCAAGAGAUGAAGUGAAGCGAUAGUUGAUUUUCUUCGUCGACGUUUGCAGAGGCUGCUGCUGGAAUCCCGUUUUCAGCACCUGGACAGCUCCCGCUCGCUGAGGUGAAGCGCCGCGCCGCCGCUCUCCGCUGACUCGGAGACCACUAAACGAUGGUGCUGUGGCUCCGGAGGAGGCGCUGCCGUCGUGCGCUGUCUUCUGAGUGUCGAUACAGCUGCUUGGCCAACGCAUUAUUGAGGACAAUCGCAGCCUGCACACAGCAACAUCCUGAUCAUCGUCAUCAUUAUUCUCAUUAUCAUCAGUGCCAAGGCAAAGGAGUCACGACCGCUCUUUACACAAUGUAGAACCGGAAAAACAAAAGGUGUGGUCGCAGCCGGGUCUCUGCAGUGGUGAAAUUACAUUUCGCACUUUGGGAUAAUUUUGGUGUGGACGUCCAUCUGCAGCCACAAAACCUUAACAUGAGCACCCCGCAGGCUCCUCCUCAGGCUGGAGCCUCAGAGCUGGAGGUGAUCUCCCAGCAAGUGGAGGAUGACAACCAGGGUGUGGCACCAGUCCACCUGGUCAGCUUUGCCUACAGAGACUUGCCUCUGGCCGCCCUGGACGUCUCACUUGCCGGAUCCCAGCUCAUCUCAAACCCAGACGAAGAGGACAACAGAGAUGGGUCAAACUGGCUGAAGCCCUGCUGUGGCCGGAGAGCAGCUCUGUGGCAGGUGUGUCUGCUGUCUGCUGGCUUUAACUGCUUCCUGGUGGCGUGUGUGGUCCUGGUGGUGCUGCUGCUGAUGCUGGAGCUGCUCAUAGACACCAAGCUGCUGCAGUUUAACAAUGCAUUCCAGUGUGCCAGCAUCAUCCACUGGAUCAGCCUGGUGAUUCUGUCCGUGUUCUUCACUGAGACGGUGUUCAGGAUUGUGGUGUUGGGGAUAUGGGAUUACAUAGAGAACAAAGUCGAGGUGUUUGAUGGAGCUGUAAUCGUCCUCUCUUUGGCCCCUGUGGUGGCCUCCACAGUGGCCAACGGCCCCAGCAGCCCCUGGGACGCCAUCGGUCUCAUCAUCACACUGCGCAUCUGGAGAGUCAAGAGGAUCAUUGAUGCCUAUGUGCUUCAAGUGAAGGUUGACAUGGAGCUGGAGAUCCAGCAGUAUGAGAAGGCCAAGGCGGUGAGGGACGAGCAGCUUGACCGUCUCACUCAGAUCUGCCAGGAACAGGCAUUUGAAAUCAGGCAGCUGAGGGCCCACCUGGCCCAGCAGGACCUGGAUCUGGUCGCAGAGCGUGAAGCAGCCAUGCAGAUCCACCAUAUCUGGGGUAAACAGAGCAGCAGUUUCCAAGAGGUGGAUGGACUAGCUCCUGGAACUACAGAACAUCAUGGACCGGCAAAAGCUCGAGAGCCUGGGGGGCCAACAGAUCAUCUUGGUCAAGACGACAUGAAUAACUACAUCAGCCAGUAUUACAGUGAGCCGAGUAGUGAUACUGGGAUCCCAGAUCCUGCUGCACGUGUAAUCACCACAGCAGCCAUUGACGUGCACCUGCCUAACAACCCCAGCCAGCUUCCCUCUUCUCUGGUCAGUGCAGACGCAGUACCGUCCAGUCUUCUGCAGCGCACUGGCAGCUCCAUCAGCGCAGUCUCCACCACCACAGCAUCCCGUACCAGCUUCAGCGCUCGGCAGCACAGCAUCAGCAGCCACACGCUGGGCUCCACCACAGACUGCAGCUCCACGGUACGCGAGGCAUCCACUUCCACAGACUACAGUGACCAGCGAUGCUACCCUCCACCGUACAGCAGCCCUCUCGCCCUGGGCACACAGCCUCGAGGCAGUCCCAGUGCUGUGGUCCAGGAGCUGCUCUCCUCUUUAUCAGAGGAUUCCUGUCUCACACAGAAGGGCCUGGACCCCGUAAACCUCAAACCACCCAGCCCUGAUGGGUCCUCCAAAACCAGCCCUGAGCUGGAGCACAAAGUCAACAUCUACAACAAGAGGAACCAGGAGAGUAGAGUCGGGCUUCACUCCAAGCCCCUUAUCCACCUGCAGGGCAGCGAGCCUCUUCUGGAGGAGAAGUACCGGAUGAUGGAGCCAGUGGACACCCCAGUGAACAGACUGUCAGAGAUAUAAGACCAGAAAUGGGCAACUGCACGUAACUUUCCAGAUCAGUUGCAAAAAUUCACUCCCAGAUUGGUGGAGUCACACACUGUCUGCCCGUUAUCCUCAAUAUACUGUCAGUCCAUCUGAUGUGAGUUAUUGUCCUUUCCAGAGCAGCACAAACACAGGGACUGGACAACUGGAAAACAGACUUAUCAGGGAUUGCUUAUCAGGAAUUGACGCUCAUUAAAUUUUUGACAGUUUACCAAAACAAACCAGCAGUUGGGCCUGAGCCCAAAACAUGGCAGAUAACUAACAGCUUUUACUACGUGAUAAACUGUGGUAGAAUGUCUGUGGUGAAAGGUGCUGAGGGCUCAUUUCCCCCGAUACACUUUGUAGAAACCAGGCUGAUGAGAUAAUUUACUCGAUUUAAGCUUCUUAACUUACAUCUGAAAUAUUAACUUAUCGCAAGUGGAAGUACAUCAGUUAUCAUUUACAAACUCUCAAGGAACAGUCUAGGGCUGCUGCAGGGUACUCUGGGCCACUGUGGAGGUUUUGUUUUUUGUUUUUUUCCUUUUUUAAAAUCUUUGUCAACAUUUAGGAAAAGAUUAAGGAAGUUAACGAUGGCAUGAUGGUAACCUGCGGAGUUGGUGUUUUUGCAAACUACCAUAAAUCUCUGACAACGAUUAGGCAUCAACCUAUACUUGACCUUAUAAUUCAAGGUUUUUUUUUUGGGGGGGGGGGGGGGGGGGCUUUCUGAUUGGUGUUUAGAAGCUGUGUAAAUACUUGGGAGCGAGUGUGAUCACAUCACAGCCAAAUAGUGAAAAGCUUGAAAUGGGAUUUCUACUGAAUAUCACUUGGAACGAAAUGUUUCACAGCAUGAACCUUCAAGGUUUGCUUCUUCAAUACUGCAAGCUGUUCUUACUCAUUGUAACUUCUACAAAUAUUUUCUAUAUUGGACAUUUAAAGAGGACAUUGCUGGUGGAAGACAAUAAAAAGAAAACUUGU